AUGUCCACCGACAUGAAAUCCAUCUCGCCGCGUCUACUCUCGCAACUCUUUGCAUCGCUGUCCCCGCGUCCAUGGCAUCUGCGCCGCACGCUGCGCAGCGACAACCCCGCCGACAUCAACGCCGAACUGACCGGCGUCGCGACGUUUCAUCCUUUACCUAGCAGCAGCAGCAACAACAGCAACAAAAAAGAAAGCGAAAUGUUGUAUAAAGAGGAAGGCGAAAUGCCGAGCAGCGUGCGCGGAAUGGCGGGGUUGCGCUGGAGCAAGAAAUACAUCUGGCGCCUGCACGAAAGCAACGAAUCAACAGAACAAGACGACGGGCAAGAAGAAGCAGGGGGGAUUAGUGUGUGGUUCGUCAAGAUCCAACCUGGCGAAGACCAGGCAGAUUAUUUAUUCCAUGAGUUUGACUUUGGAAGUAAAAACCCUGCUGCUGCGUCGUGCAGCAACGAGGAAACACUGAUCGAGCCCCCCGUGCCUCCCGCGGCAGAGCAUGCAGAUGAAACACAAGUUAUAAAAGCUCGCGGGAACCAUCUGUGCAUCAAGGACAUGUAUCGCACUGCAUACGCGUUCCGCAUUGUGGCGGAGACCGGCCAAGUGCUCAGCUGGGCGAGCAGACAUGUGGUCAAGGGACCCAAGAAGAACCAGGACAUAACCAACUUGUACUCUUGA